GGGAGGGACUGUGCUUGCUCCUCCCGGGUCCCGCCUCUCUGCCGGCCUCUUGUCCUCUUUAGCCAUUGGGCAACAAUGCUGUCCGUCAAUGACCCGCCUCCGCAGAUGAACCAAUAAGGACUGGCGGGAGGGCUCUUCCUUCUGGAGUUGGCUCUCAACUCUGGGGUAGUUCGGGUGAAGUGACGACCGGGUAGCCGCGGUUGUGGAGCUGUGCGCAGGCGCGGAGCUGACGGGGCCGACCGAGCGGCGGCGGCGGCGCAAGCUGGUUUACAAAUAUCCUUUUUUGCUGAAGGAACACAUUUGCUAGCUUCAGAAUGUCAAGUACUGUGUCCUACUGGAUCUUAAAUUCUGCAAGAAACAGCAUUGCCACAUUACAAGGGGGUAGACGUUUAUACUCAAGGUAUGUCUCAAAUAGGAAUAAAUUAAAAUGGAGGCUCUUUUCCCGGGCACCACCCACCCUAAACGGUUCCCCAUGUGGUGGCUUCACUCUGUGCAAUGCCUACAGACACACGUCAACGGAGGAAGAUGAUUUUCACUUGCAACUCAGACCCGAGCAGGUAAAUGAAGUGCUUCGAGCUGGCGAAUCAGCCCACAAGAUUCUUGACCUUGACAGUGGAAUCCCAAAUUCAGUGUUGCGGUUUGAGAGCAACCAGCUGGCUGCCAAUUCCCCAGUGGAGGACCGGCGAGGUAUAGCCUCCUGCCUGCAGACCAGUGGACUGAUGUUUGGCAUCUUUGAUGGGCAUGGUGGUCAUGCAUGUGCACAAGCAGUGAGCGAGAGGCUUUUCUACUAUGUGGCAGUGUCCCUGAUGUCUCAUCAGACCCUGGAGCAGAUGGAGGGAGCGAUGGAAAGCAUGAAGCCGCUGCUUCCUAUCCUGCAGUGGCUUAAGCACCCAGGUGACAGUAUCUACAAGGAUGUCACGUCAGUGCAUCUCGACCACCUCCGUGUCUAUUGGCAAGAAUUGCUUGAUCUACACACGGAAAUGGGACUGAGCAUUGAGGAAGCAUUAAUGCACUCCUUCCAGAGACUGGAUUCUGACAUCUCUCUGGAAAUCCAAGCCCCGCUGGAAGAUGAGGUAACAAGGAACCUGUCACUCCAGGUUGCUUUCUCUGGGGCAACAGCUUGUAUGGCCCAUGUUGAUGGAAUUAACUUGCACGUGGCAAAUGCUGGUGACUGCCGGGCCAUUCUUGGUGUCCAGGAGGACAACGGCAUGUGGUCUUGUCUGCCCCUUACCCAUGACCACAAUGCCUGGAACCAGACUGAGCUGUCCCGGCUAAAGGGAGAGCAUCCCAAGUCAGAGGACAGGACAGUCAUCAUGGAUGACAGGCUGCUGGGUGUUCUCAUGCCCUGCAGGGCCUUUGGGGAUGUUCAGCUGAAAUGGAGUAAAGAGCUACAGCGUAGUGUCCUGGAGAGGGGCUUUGAUACAGAGGCACUCAACAUUUACCAGUUUACCCCUCCACAUUACUAUACACCACCCUACCUGACUGCUAAGCCUGAGGUCACAUACCACAGGCUGAGGCCCCAAGAUAAAUUCCUUGUGCUGGCUUCAGAUGGCCUGUGGGACAUGCUGAGCAAUGAGGAUGUGGUGAGGUUGGUCGUGGGGCAUUUGGCUGAGGCAGAUCAGCACAAGCCAGACCUGACCCAAAGACCUGCCAACCUGGGGCUCAUGCAGAGCCUGCUGCUACAGAGGAAAGCCAGUAGGCUCCAUGAGACUGACCAGAACGCAGCCACACGUCUGAUCAGACACGCCAUCGGGAGCAAUGAGUAUGGGGAGAUGGAGCUAGAGCGGCUGACAGCGAUGCUGACGUUGCCUGAGGACUUGGCGAGAAUGUACAGGGAUGAUAUCACUGUCACUGUGGUAUAUUUUAACUCAGAAUCAAUUGAUACAUAUUACAAAGGGUGUUGAGAAUCUUUCAUCAUAUUGCCAAGAUUAACAUAAAUGCUCUUCUAAAUCAUUUUUACGUACUCUUAAACUAGCUAUCAAAACCUUUCUGUUAAAAGGGCAGGCAGAUGUAACUUGUAAAUUGAUUAACAUACUGGGGGAAAAAAAGGUUUUAAAACCAUAGCAGUGAUAUCAUGUCUCUGUCUGCGUGUGCCACUGCAGUCUUGAUCUGCUGGGCUCAGGUGGUCCUUCUGCCU